AACAACGGCAGUCACGCUUCUUUCGACACCAUAUUCCGUAUCCGGGCACUGCCCAUGUGAACGAUCACAGUAUUUUCUCAGAGACUGUCACACCUGGAUCAUGGAAACUGGGCUUGAAAAGGCUGGAGAAGAGAAAAUACAGGAUGCGGCAAAGCAGUGUGUGGGCGAUCUUACAAAAGCAAGCCAUGGAGAAGGACCAGCGGAGCCCCGUAAAAAGGAGGAGGAGGAGGUCUUGGGAGAUGCCACGGACGGCCCAAAUGCAGCAGGCGAUGAGAGAGCAGAGAACUCAUCCGGGCCUAUCAGUCGGCUGAUCCCUGCUUCCCACGCCUCUAAUAACUCACCUGUGUCACCACAGGAGAACAAGACCACUUUGCAUCGUGGGGAACUGCAGAAGAUCCCGUCGGAUCCGCUGCCACUUGUGGGAGCCAAGAUUAAAACUGAGCAGGACUGCAGCGGUGAGGGACUUCGGAGUAAAACUCCUAAAGAAGCGGGACACGGGAAUAACGACAAGGUGUUGUCCAACUCACAGGUGAUCAACCUGAAGAAGGAGAGGGGCGUGGAGGAGGAUGGUGUGGGAGAAAACAGCAAUGAGGAGAUCGUGGAAGCCAGAAGUAUCGGAAGCCGGGAAGAUGAAGAGUCUCCGGCACUGAGAUUAGAGGAAAUAAAACAGAGAUAUGGCAGUUUGUGUCAGAACAGCACCGUUUUCCAGGAGAUGAUGUUGCGGCUCAGAGGUCAUUUUCCUGCAUCGGUUUUGAGGGCCGGCUGGAACAAGGAAGGGGAGCCUUCGCCGGUGAAUUCGGAGCGGCUGCAGCUGAACCGGAUGAUGUGGGGGGGAGAUGAGGUCCGUUUCCCCCAGGCUGAAGGCCAGGCAGGCGUCUUCGAGAGCCAUGCGGGGCCGGCCGGCAGCUGCCCGCUGGAGAGCCAAGGGCCGAUCUCGAUCCCGUUUGGAGGGGGUUACUUCGACUUCAGCGACUUCGCCAUCCAGCAGAGCUUCCUCCAGAAGAAGGGCCAGGAGAUCUCCAAGAGCUUUGGGGCCAGCCUGAGCCCGGGCAUCCAGCUCAGUGGGCAGGAGAAGCCGCCGCCGCCCCCGGUGGAGAAGCCCUACAAGUGCAACGAGUGCGGCAAGAGUUUCGGGAAGCGGUCCACCCUGAACACGCACGGACGCACCCACACGGGCGAGAAGCCCUUCAAGUGCUCCCACUGCGACAAGCGCUUCAGCCAGAGCUCCCACCUGCAGCUGCACGAGCGCACGCACACGGGCGAGAAGCCCUACAAGUGCCUGCUGUGCGAGAAGAGCUACAACCAGCGCUCCAGCCUCAUCAUCCACGAGCGGAGCCACACGGGCGAGAAGCCCUACACCUGCCUGGAGUGCGGGAAGAGCUUCAGCCAGAAGGCCACCCUGGUCCUGCACGAGCGGAGCCACCGGGGGGAGAAGCCCUACAAGUGCCUGGAGUGUGGGAAGGGGUUCAGCCUGAGCGCCGACCUCAUUCGCCACCAGAGCAUCCACACGGGCGAGAAGCCCUACACCUGCUCGGAGUGCGGGAAGAGCUUCAGCCAGAACUCCCACCUCAUGGCCCACAUCCGGACCCACACGGGCGAGAAGCCCCACAAGUGCCUGCAGUGCGGCAAGGGCUUCAACUGGAGCUCGGAGCUCAUCGCGCACAAGCGCACCCACACGGGCGAGAAGCCCUAUGUCUGCCUGUACUGCGAGAAGAGCUUCAGCGUCCGCUCCAGCCUCAGCAAGCACGAGCGCACGCACACGGGCGAGAAGCCCUACGUCUGCCUGCAGUGCGGCAAGGGCUUCAUCCAGCGCUCCAGCCUGGUGGCGCACGAGCGCUCCCACACGGGCGAGCGGCCCUACAUGUGCCUGAACUGCGGCAAGUGCUUCCGCGAGAGCUCCCAGCUCAUCGCCCACGAGCGCACCCACACCAACGAGAAGCCCUACGUCUGCACCGACUGCGGCAGCUGCUUCAAGGCCAAGGCGGCCCUGAUCCGCCACCAGCGCAGCCACCUGGGCCUGAACUCCUUCAUCUGCGCCGACUGCGGGAAGAUCUUCCAGUCCAGCGCCCAGAGCCCGGAGAAGUGCCCCGAGUGCGUGAACCUCGCCUUGAUGUCGGACCUCUCGCAGGCGUCGGAAGAGGCCUAUGUGGAAGUGACGGCCGAGAGCGAACGUGUGGAGACAGCCAUGUGAGGGGCUUUGUUUCUUUCCAGUUGAAGCUUGCGCCCUCUUCGGAAGGAGAAAACGGCGUCGCCGGGAGCGUGCCACGACAGAUGCGGGACUCGUGUUGCCGCUAAAGGAAACUACUGUGGGCUUAAAUACCUCUUCAAAGUUAGUUGCAGACUAGGUUGUGUGGAAAGUGGUACAGUCCUCUCUCCCCUUCUGUACGGGCCACCUCCUUCCUUUCCCCACAUUUGCUUUAUUUUCUGCAUCUUCAUCAGGGCCCUCCAGAUGGGUUGGCCUAACCAGCAUAGCCGUGGGAACUACAGGCCAAAUCUUCUUGCGGGGGCAGGCAGGCAGGCAGAGUUGCCCAUCUGUCUACUUACAGACCUUUGUCUUCUCCUCCUCUCUCACUGUCUUGUGUUUCCUUCUCCCUUUCCCUUCCUCCAUGGCGUUCUUGGCAAAGGGGAGUAAGAAGAGGAGUUGUGAGGAUGUUGCCUGGAUGUUGGCCAUUCCGAAUUCCUUCAGCUUCCCAGUGGCCUGGAAGCAGGAAUGACAACCAAACUGCUUUCCUGCUUCUCUUUUCUCGAUUAGACGUUUCAGGCCCCCAGGAAGGUGGAAAGCGGCUCGUGUAUGUGUGUGUAUCGCCAGGAGGUAGCAAAGAGAGGGAGCUGAACGUGGUGCGAUGCAAAGGUGAUGCCCUCUGCAGCAUCUCCCUGUGAAAUAUUGUUUCUCAUCAGCAGAAGAGGACAGUGUUGGCUCACAGCCGAGGGCUGGGUUGCCGCUUCGGAGGGGACUCGCCUGGCUGCUGCAAACCUUUCUAUUGUGUGACCUCCAGUUUUCUGCGGCUUUGGAAGGACUCCCACCGGAACUUCCCAACGAAUAAAGCGAUAAAGAGGUUCCAGCCAGCGGGAAGAACGCCGCUGCACAUACACCAGCCGUGCGUUCCAUGCUCCAAAUCGGCCAAGAUCCAGUCGCUGGAGGGGUCGGUGCGUGGCAGUUUUGCCCCCGACGGAAGGGUUGGCCCUGGGAAAUGGAUCGGAGUGUGGCAGCUCGUAGGGUGGACUUCGGGAUACAGCACAGCCAAGAUAGACUGCAUUGGACUGUGGGGAACGCAUUCAGUUUCUGACUGGUUGGCGUUUGGCUUGGGUGGCGGCCUCAACCGGCUUGCGUGUUAUUUAUUUCGCCUCUCUGUUUGCCUAUGUGUACUUUCCUUCUCUUCUCACGAUUAGCUUGAGCGCCUUUGGUUUGGCUGAGCUGCAGAACGCCUGCUUUUCCUGGCUUUUAUCCACUAGCCACGGGUCUACAGAUGCAAUGGAAUGAGGUGGCAGGAUCCGAGCUGGGGAAGCUACAUUUGACGCUGUCCUGCUGGUUUUGUUUUGAUUUCUUUUUUCGGGGGGAAAACCUCCCUGAAAGUAGAAAGUUAACUCUUCGGCAAUCUGCCGAGAUGAGCAAGACGCUCCAGAUUCCAAGGUUCACUCCCAUUCAGUGCACAAUGGGGGAACUCUAUGACCCUGUUUCUUCCACUCAGCAUUUUCACUAGAGGGGCCAUUUUCAGAUUUUAGGCACGGUAUCUCACAGGUCCUGGGAAGGAGGCUGCGCUGGCUUCAGGAUAGUUCAUGUUCUGGCCACCCAAAUCUGGGAAUCUGGACUAUCUUAUGGCCUGCCAGACAACAUCUUGAGGCUGCGGGAUCAUUCCUUAAGGUUCUAGCUGUAUUCCUUGCAAAGAAUUUAUGGAAGGGAGCAUUUUAAAAAUGGCAUUUCUCCGCCUCAUUCCACAGAGCGUGUGGACCAGGGCUGAGGUGACCGAAUUCUGAACUGUGUCACUUCAGACCAAAGGUGGAUGGGAAUCAAGAAUUUUUAAAAAUCCUUCUCAAAUAAAACCUCCCUGCACAAAGACCAGGUCCUGAAAAAACACACAGUCCCCCCCCACACACACACACAUCUGGAGUAAACAUUUUGACUUUUAAACAUUCCUAUUCUGUUGGUGCUCUGCACUUACUAAAGAGCACAGAAAUUAUUUUGAAAACGAAAUAGUGCUCUGUAGCCUCUGCUGACACAAUUAUUUGUGGGGGGGGGGGGUUGGUGCUGUGGGGGUGUCCUGCCACUCACAUAGACAGAAAAGCAUAUUGUGGAAAGGGUUAUGCUACCCCAAACCUUAAUGCUUUGUUUUCUACAUGCAGGGAAAUUCAUUUUUUCCCUGAUGGAAGCAUGCCAGCCACCCCCAACCCAUAUAAUACCCUUCCCUCCGAAGUGGUUACAGUCCAGAAGUCUAGUUUCCUCUGCACUGAAUAAAACCCACCUUCAUUUUAGGACAGGGCUUAAACCAGACUCGGCCCUGUUCCAAGAGUCCUGGUGCCUUCCCAAGGAUCUGGGAGUUCUGUGAAAGGGGCAGAAAGUCUCCAUCUAAGAAGCCUCAUCCUGUCUGUGGAACUACAGUUCCCAGAGUCCUUUGCAAAGGGAGGUGUGACAGGAGCCCCCUGGAAUCGAUGCUACAGAUGUGCCUUCCAAGGACAAGAGAAGAAUUGGCCACGGGCUGUAGUGGGAGUCUGCUCAGCAAGCUCUUGGCUGUAUGGCCGGGGUCCCCCUCUUCCCAGAGCCCCCUCUGCACACCCGCUGCUCCCAUAGCGUGCCACAUUCGCAUGGCAUGAACUGGUUGGAUUCUGGACCGCACUACCUCCACUUCAAGGUGUGGAAAAGGGCUGUAUAGAAUCUGCACAUGAUGGGGCUGCAUAGAGCAGAGACGGGGAGUUGGGGGCCCACGGGCAUUUCUUAGGCAGCCUGCCAAGCUUCUUCCCCAGAUGUUGCCUGCCUUCCCCACCUAGCACUGGGAGAGGAAAGGGGGUCCAUUUUGCAGAUCAGGAAAAACUCCCCAUCCGAGGACCUGCAAGAAUCCACUCAGAGGUGUCACAGAAUUUUUUGUAUGUGUGCAUCUCUGUAAGGUUGGGAGUGAGAGAGAGAAUUGGCAGGACAGUGCCAGCAGCACCCCAAUUUACAGUGGGCACAGCCUCCCCCCCCAACAUUUUAACAUGGGGCCAGUUCAAUGCAUGGGUCAAAAAUGGCUCCUGGCCUUGCCAUGGGGGCCCCCAGAGGCCUGCCCUGAACUAAACCCGCCUCCCACUGGAGGUUCCCUUUUCCAAAUCUUCCCUUUCUGAGCUGCUCGCCCGAAGGGGAUGUUUUUCCUGAGCAGUUCCACCUCCUUGCGCCAUCACAAUCUUGCCUGAACGGGCUUGGUCGGAACCACAGUUGGGUUGAAUGGGACGAGGACUGUUACGCUUGUGGGACUAUACCACCCCAGACUGUAAUAUGGAUGGGCGACAUCCGGUCCACAGGCCACACGGGAUCCCCUCCCCAAAUUCCCUUUUUUAAAAAAAAUAUAGAAAUGUUAAUCCGUAUUGAGUGCCCAGAGGGCCAAAUUUAGUUCCUGUUUUAUGGUAAGUUUGUGUGUCAGGGAGAGGGCUAGGUUAGGCGCCGGACCUGCAAGCGAGACAGGCGGGGAAAGCUCGUUUUCAGAACCAAAACAAAAUGGGAUGCCAGGUCCAAAUGGGCACUGUUGCCCACCCCUAUAUAAGCGUUCAGGAUGAAUUCCAGUUGGGGGAUGCCGUUGCCUUGAUGGGACUGCAGCAUCUGCGGAAAAGGUGGGCGAAUCGCCUUUUUCUCUCUUCCUUACAGUGCUGCAGUAUCUCUAUCCGGGGCACCCCAAUUUCCAUAACGAUUUUUGCAUUCUAGGUUUAUUUCAGGCUACGGGUGUGAUGACUGGCAAGAUUCUUGCCCCACUAUGAAUUAUAUUUGGCAGGAAAGGGAAGAUCGGCCCCACUGCUCUCUUAAAUCGUUGCUCCAACAUCCAAAUCAGCUCUCUCUACUUUUAUUCCCCUUUUGCAGAUUUCUUCCUUUACAGUGGUAAUGUUCUCCCUGUCUUUUCUAAUCUCUAGCUUUUUUGCUUUGAAUAGACGUAUGCUUCAUUUUGAGUAUCUUUCAGGCUCUUGGGUAGUUUUUCUCCUCUUCAUUAUUUCUGAAGCUUAAUAAAAUCUCUCCAAAACAGAA